AUAAGUGCAAUGUGAAUAAAGUGUCAACAACUGUCUGCAACGAUCUCUCGAAAUUGUUUUUCAAGGGAUAAAAAUCACUGAGCGAUUGAAAAUGUCUACGGUACUGCGAAUAAAGCGUCGAAUUGACGAUGAGCCUUGCGAUGUGUUGCUGAUCGCCUGUAAAAAGAGGAAAGUGGAAGAAUCAGAGGCUGUGAGGCCAGACGAAUCAGGAGCAGUUACUGCGGUUGUCAAAUUUGCUGGAACUGUUCAGACUCAGGAGGAGGACUUGACCCACCACCUGACGAAAACAUUGAGCAAAGAGGAGUUGAAGGCUAAUUAUAAACAGCACAUUGUGGAUAUCACGAGUAAAUCUAGGGUAAAGACACAGGAGAAGUCCAAGGAGGGUCGAUAUAGGGUUGUCAAUUGCUACAGAUCUCUGGGAGGCCCCACAAUUGAGGAGGUUGAUGACAGUGGGAUGACUGUCAUCGAUGUGGAGGAUUCAGUCUCUUGUUAUGAUAAAAUGUCUUCUAAUCAGAAGGAAGCCAAAUUCGUUUACGAUUUAUACUACACUCAAACCGAAGAGAAGCUCGAGCCAGAUAACGACAUUUCAAUCCACCCACUGGACCAAGAACUGGUCUUCGAUAACUACAGAGAUCCAGCAAACAACUCUGACGCUGGUGAAUCCGAGGACUCGAACUCUGAAUCCAAUUGGAGGAAUGAGUAUCCAGACUCUGAGCACUCUGAUAACUCAAUCGACGAGGACGACAUGAGGGCAGCUGUGGCGAAGCUGAAAGUCGAUGGUGAUGAGUCUGAUCUGUCCACAGACGACGAUUUCGUUUACGCUGUUGAUGAGAACGAUGUGGAUAAUUAUGGGUACAAAUACGCCAAGUACAAAGCGAAGAUCAAGGUGGAAAUCAGUGGGGAUGACAGUGAUUUGAGUGAUUACAGUGGGGUUUGCAUUACUGAAGAGCCUGAUGAUGACGAAGAGUACAAUAAUUACUGAUUUUAGAAAUGGGAAAAUAGUCUAUCACUUAUUUUGAUAUUAUUCCCUAGUCUAUUCAUGGUAAUGAUGACGAAGUGUUGAUCAUGUGAUGACGAUACUCAUCAUCACUAUAACGAAUUUAUAAUUUCUACUGGAAAUUUAUGAAUAAUAAAUGAAGUCAUCAAUUUCUGCAAACAUCUGGGCAUUCCAAAUCACCGAGAAGUGUCACU